AUGCUGUCUUUGCGCCAAAUCUCUCGUCAACUGCCUCGCAGUGUUGCUCGUCUGACUCCGAUCGCCGCUCGUCAGCCGCUGCGCACUCCCGCCUUCGCCGCCGCCAGAACUGCUGCUCACUUUUCAACCUCGCUACUCCGCCGCCAAGAUGCCACCACCCAGGAACUUGCUGCCAAGCUGAAUUCGGAAAUCGCCCUCGAGAAGGAGCAGCAAGCAGAUGACAGCUACCGCUACAACUGCCAAGAAUACAUUGAUAACAGCGAAUUCAAGAUUGAGGACAAGCCUGGCCAAGAGGAGGUUCACCUCACCAGAUCAUACGGCGACGAGAACGUCAAGGUUACCUUUUCCAUUGCCGAUUUCAACACCUACGACGAGGAGGCCGACGCCGAAGACCCUGCUUUGUACGGCGAUGAGGACGGUGCUCUCGACAUGGAUGGCCAGUCUGGAGGUGCCAACACCAAGGGUGCCGUGAACCAGGGUCGCACCGCUGGUGGUAACAUGCGCGUUGCUCCCGAGGACGAUGUGACCCCUGCCGAUAGACCCGAGCUACAAGAUGAGGAGGACAACUCGGCCAGCUUUCCUGUUCGCGUCCAGGUCACCGUGACCCGUGAGGGCAAGGGUGCACUCGCCAUCGAGUGUCUCGCUCAGGACGGCGAGAUCAGCAUCGAGAAUGUCUACCACUUCCCCAACGCCGAGCUGGCUGAGGCCAAGACGGCCGAGAAGGACUGGGCAAGACGAAGCCUUUACACUGGCCCUCCGUUCGGCCAGCUUGACGAGGAUCUUCAGAUGCUUUUGGAGCGCUUCCUCGAGGAGAGAGGCAUCAACACACAGAUGGCCCUCUUCAUUCCCGAGUACAUUGACCUCAAGGAGCAGAAGGAGUACAUUGGGUGGUUGAACAACAUGAAGAGCUUUGUCUCGUAA